AUGCCGGAUAUGUCUAGUAUAUCCCAUUAUCCCUUAAAGAAUAAUUUAUUUGACAAAUUUCUCGUAUCAAGACAAUUUUUGCAAUAUUGCAAAUAUAUUUUCAAAACAUCAUUGCUUAAAUAUCCACUUACUUUGCAUUUUAAGAUCAUUUUUUAUGAUCUUGUCGGAUUUUUUCAGGUGAUAUUUGCAAUUCAUUUAGUCCUAGUAACAUGGGGCAUUCAGGGACAUUGGUGUCCAAAAUCUGUAAUGUUUUACAAUUUCCUUUUCUUCGUCUGCUUAUUGUGGGCUAUUCACAAUAUUGAAUCAGAUGAACCUCUACAAUUUGCACUUUUUAUAAAUGUACUUUCCAUAUUUUUUGAUGUAGUAACAUUAGCAGUCUAUUUUCCAACAACGUAUGCAUCUGAGAAGUUUAGUGCAGCGAUUAUGAUCUUAAACAUGAUUGCUCGCAUCAUCACAAGCAUAUAUCUUCUACGAAUAGGCCAAGCAAGAGGUGGAUGUUUAGCCACAAUGUUCACUACAAAUCCUGCAAUGGGCUUUGGUCGACAGGAUUACGAGGACAUAUCUCAUCCGAUUCCACAAAAUUCCGAUUUUGCUGGAGUUUAAAAAUACAACAUGACGUUUCUAAAAUUCGAUACGUCGAAAAUUACGCGAUUUCAUUAUCGUAUCUCUCGUAGCUCGUAAAAAGUACGCGCAUCUAUAAUCAUGACAUUAAAAUCUAUUUUAUUUAUUGUAUAUAUCAGGAUUUUCAAUAUCGAUUAACAAUGCAAAAUAGAAAUAAAUUUAUGUAUAUAAACAUGCAAAUAACAAUAUAAUUAUAUCGAAACGUGAAAAUAUAAAGAAAUAUAGAAUAAUAACAAUAACAAUAUAAUAAUAAAUUUAGUUAUACGU